GCCAGCCCCUUCGUGCUGCGGGCGCGGCGGUCCAUGGACAAGAGCGGGAUGCCCUGGCACUUGCGCUACCUGGGCCAGCCGGAAAUUGGUGACAAGAGCCGCCAUGCGCUGGUGCGCAACUGUGUGGACAUCGCCACUUCGGACAACCUGACGGACUUUUUGGUGGAGAUGGGCUUCCGCAUGGACCACGAGUUUGUGGCCAAAGGGCAUGUGUUCCGCAAGGGCAUCAUGAAGAUUGUGGUGUACAAGAUCUUCCGCAUCCUCAUGCCAGGGAACACUGAGAGCAUUGAGCCGCUUUCCCUCUCCUACCUGGUGGAGCUCAACGUGGUAGCGCCAGCAGGACAGGACGUAGUUUCUGAUGACAUGAGGAACUUUGCUGAGCAACUGAAGCCUCUUGUGCACCUGGAAAAAAUUGACCCCAAAAGGCUAAUGUGAUUGAGAAGCUGAGCAGUUGAGGCAUUGUUUUGUUAGUGUUCCUGUAGAGAGUGCUUUUCUAAAAUGCCUUUUGAGGGCAAAUCAAAACAAGGAGAGGGGAAUAAGGGACUACAUAUCAGUGUUUUGUCAACUGCA